CAGUUGAACACAAACAUUUCAGGCUGUUUUUAAUACUCUCUCCCGCUUCUAUUAAUCACAACCCCAUCGAUAUUUUGACUAUUUUUAAUCGCUAAUUUUUAACUUUGCGUGAUGUUAACUAAACUAAACGUGAUGUUCUUGAAUGCAACGCUUAGGCGGCGGCUCCUUUUUGAUGUAGCGAACACUACUUUUUGCUAACCUCUCAGCUCGUUUAAUUACGUUUUUAAAAACACUUUGAGGUGGAUUAACUACUUAAAAAAUAUUUCAAGUAAUGGAAUUACUUUGACGUUACUAAACGGGGUAUAUAGCAUAUAGCAUAUUGACAUGUAACGACUUUGAAGCCAAAUGACGUCAAAAAGGUACGGAGAUGUGUUCAAUUAGCCUAGCAAGUCUUUCGAAGGAAUAUGGGAGCGGAGGAGGACAUCUGGUGGGAAUCCUCAACCUCACCCGGGAAAAGGAAGAGGAAAAAGGAGUCAAAGAAGACCAGGAAGACGCCGAGAAGCAAAGGCAGCAUCCUGACAAAAGCAGACCACCACGAGAAGAGAAAAGAAGAGCGAAAGUCAAAGGUGAGAAAGAAAAACAAGAAGAAGACGAAGAAGAAGUGUGUUGAUUUCAAUCAAACCGCCGUGCCCCACAAAAAAAGCCAAAGAAAAAGGAAAGUGGGCUUUGAUUUGUUGUCCACCUCCAUCCUUGUUAAAGACCCCGCCUUUGCGUCGUUAAGUCCAAAGUUAAGACAAGACCAAACACAAGAAGACGAAUGUCAACGGGAAGACGUCAACAGCCAGGACUUGUUCAUCACCCAGAAGACGUUCAGAGCAUCCACCCCCGACUCGGAGGACACGCCCCUACCGGCGAUGAGGGCACAGCACGCAGAAACAUGGCGCCACUCGCCCAGGAAGAAGAAACUUUCACUGAAGACAGGGAAGGACGGAGCACAAAACAGGAAGUGUUUUGACGUGCAUGGAAGUCUUGCAAAGUUAACCGAUGCGUCCCCACGGCAAGCCAAGCGUUGUAAGCGUGCGAACGCCCGGAAGACGUCCCUCAAAGAAACGGCGAGCAUGUCCACGCAGACGCAAAACUUCUUCACCGCUCCUCUGCUGUCCUCCUACGUGUGCAGACCGGCCGGCUCGGAAAACGUCCAGCCUCUCGACCUCAGCCUGCCGCAUCGAGCCAGGAGAGACCUCAGCGGCUGUUUAGCAGGAAGUGAUGUCACCGAGAUGUCAUCAUCUGGACAAGGAGAGGAGCGUGCGCCUUCAAGGAAGGACCAGGAAGUGAAGACAGAAGCUGGUGUUGGACAAAGAAGAGGAAAAGGCGAGACCACGCCGAGUUCUGCGUCGGAGUCAGAGACCAAGUCCGCCUCCAGCGACUGCAACCCGGCACCCUGCCACAGCACAAAGGUCAGACCCGUGCAGAUGAAACUCAACGAGUCGUUUUUCUUCAAGACCAAAGGGGACGGAAGUUCGCCCCGACCCGAGUCACCGCUCAUGAAACUUACUGACGGCGCAGCCAGCCAGCGAGACAAGAAAGGCAAGAAGGGACGCUGACACGCUCCGUUUUGUCUCGUUUUUGGCUCCGGUUACACGUUCAUGCGCUUGACAUUGUUGUUGCUUUGUUGACAGAAUAUGAAAUCUGGACUGGAUUAUGUUAUAAUAUUUAGCAUGUUUUCUUGGCCUUGCACACAAUCUACGACUAAACUUGGUGGCUCCACUUCAGUUUCUCCACAUGUUCUAAACAUCAAUAACACAUAUAUAUGAAAUUCAUAUGAAUCUUUAUUAAACUGGUAAUAUGUUGUAAUUAGUUAUA